CGCGCGCGACCGCGGCCCGAGACGCCCGCAUGCCGCCCCGCAGCCGCCCCCGCGCGCCGCCCGCCGUCGGAGCAGUGUACCGCGUCACGAUGCGCGCCGGCACCAUGCGCCGAGUGCUCACGUGGAGCCUCCUGGCGCUGACGGCCGUCGUGGCCGCCGCAUCCUACGACCGCGAGCGCCUCGAGAUCGCCAAGCAGAUCCUCGAGGAGGUGCCGCUGAUCGACGGACACAACGACCUGCCGUGGAACAUCCGCAAGUUCCUCCGCAACCAGAUCAACGAGUUCGAGCUGGACCAGGACCUGACGCGCGUGGAGCCCUGGUCCAUCUCCAAGUACUCGCACACUGACCUGCCGCGCAUGCGCGAGGGCAUGGUGGGCGCACAGUUCUGGUCUGCGUUCGUGCCGUGCGGAGCUCAGAACAAGGACGCCGUCCAGCUGACCCUGGAGCAGAUCGACGUCAUCCAGCGCAUGGUCGAGAAGUACCCGCAUCACCUCAAACUGGCCACCAAUGUCAAUGACAUCCUGGAGGCGCACAGCGCGCGGCCGCGCAAGAUCGCGUCGCUCAUCGGGAUCGAGGGCGGCCACUCCAUCGGCAACUCGCUGGCCAUCCUGCGCGCCUACUACCAGCUCGGCGUGCGCUACAUGACGCUCACGCACACAUGCAACACGCCCUGGGCUGACUCGUCCAACGAAGCGCCAGGGGUUAACGGACUCAGUGAAUUUGGAGAGAAAGUGGUCCGCGAGAUGAACCGGCUGGGCAUGAUCGUGGACCUGUCGCACGUGUCGGACAACACCUCGCGCGCCGCCAUCCGCGUCUCGAAGGCUCCCGUCGUGUUCUCCCACUCCUCGGUCUACUCGCUGUGCGCUCACAAGCGGAAUGUGCCUGAUGAUAUCAUUCUGGCUCUGAAGCAGAACAGCGGCAUCAUCAUGGUGAACUUUUUCCCGGACUUCGUGAAGUGCGCGCCCAACGCCACCAUCUCCGACGUGGCCGAGCACUUCCACUACCUGAAGCGCAUCAUCGGCGCCGACUACAUCGGCAUCGGGGGCGACUACGACGGCGUCAACAGGGUGCCGCGCGGGCUGGAGGACGUGUCCAAGUACCCGGAGCUGUUCGCCGAGCUCCUGCGCAGCGGCCAGUGGACCGUGCUGGAGCUCAAGAACCUGGCCGGCCUCAACAUGCUGCGCGUCAUGAAGGCCGUCGAGAAGGUCCGCGACGAGAUGAGGACCAACGGCGUGGAGCCCGAGGAGCACCCGGACUCGCCCGCCGACAACGGCAACUGCACCAGCAACGCCUUCGACCUCAGCAUGGAAUAAACACCCUGUAUGUGUACCACCCCACCCCCUGACCCAUCUGGCGGCGCUACUUAUAUUUUGCACGCAAAUUCAUGCGUCAGUAGAGCAAAGUUUAUUAUUGAAAUUUUAACAUUUUGUGUAUUUGUGUCCAUCAAUACGGACAGUAGUUUCUAAUUUACUUAUAAUGUGUAAAUUUUUAGGCGCUGACUGUGGUGAUGGUGGGUGGGGGUAGUUAGUAACGUUACUUGUAUGUAUGUGUUGCGUCGCCGCGCGCCGAGGCUAGCUCGCCGCGCCGGCCCCUUCUGUGGUAUAUUUAUAGUAAGGCAAGACGAGUGGCACUUUUAUUAUAUUCUCAAAAACAUGUAAUCGCGUUAUAUGUGUUAAUUAGAUAAGUUGCAGGUUUCUGUGAACUUAUAUGGCAACAAAUAUCAGCAGUUCUUCCAAAAAAGUAAUUUGUAAAUAAAUGAGGGUUACACAACGAAUCCUUCAAGGUUUUAUAUUUUGUUGUUUAAAGUUUGAAACAUGUUUAAAGGAACGACUCUGGUUUGGUUCACAUCACCGAGCACGGCAGGAUAAAUGGAAUGGGUUAUUUAAUUACGAUAGUGAACUAAAGUGUUUCCAGCUUUAAAUUGUACACGUGUUAAUUUUAAUAUUCAAUAGCGUAAAUUAAUUGCUCAUAACUUUAGACGUAGGGUCUUUCGCAAGACGUUUUCAUUUUAAUUUGGUUGCAUUACAACUUCAACAGAACAAGCAAUUAGAAUAAAAGUAUGUUCAAUUUCAUUAAGAUGUUCUCCUAAUAAUAUAGAAAAAAAAGUCAGGACGGUUUGUAAAAUAAGUUAUUAAAAUAGUAAUAAAGCUACGGAGGCCACGUUGGCUUCGCUGACCGCACAAGUUGAGUUGUUCAGUCGAAGUUGCAGGUGCGACCCACAAGUUGUAGGUUAGAUAGUUAUGAGCAAACCCGUACUAGUGUUACAGUAAUUGAUGUCGUAUUAUAUUGCAUGUAAAGUUCACUAUCCAACUCUUACGAUUUUCCACGUUCAGUCAGAUUCAUGUCUUGAUGUCCUAAACUGCGAUCACUAAAUGUAUGUCACAGAAAGUAACACACACUUUUAUACUCGUAUGUAUUAUGUAUGUCUAUCUAUACCACAGUUUUUUUUAUUAUUAUAUUUUAUUUUUUUAUUUACUUAUUAUUCUUUUUUAUGUAGGUAUAUUUUUUAUUUGAGUUUUUAUGUUGUACCUUUGCUUUGUAACUAGAAUGCCGAGCAGUCGCUUCGAGCUAAUAACCAACUAAGCUGUGCCGCUGACAUUUUCCAUUUCAGUUGAUUGAGUUUUCCAUCAGAAACUUCGCAGAGACAGAACGAAGCUGAAAUGAAAUGAGAUAGAAUCGGAACUAUACUUUCAAGUACAUCUUUUGAAAGGAUAACUGAUUCAAACAAAAGAUAAAAUAUUCAGUAACAGAAAAUGUAUUAUUUUAGUUAAGAAAUGCAAAAGUGAGCAUCCAAUCACAGGAGUCGGGACGCUGACAAGUUUGAAAUUAGAAUGUCGGAAACUGUUAAAAACUGUUUCUCGGGCCCAGUAGCGGCUACUCCAGCUUUACAACAUCAUUCAUGCCAACACCAGCUCUAAUGCUUUACGAUAGAGAUAAGGUUCGCUUGGAAAAUCUCUGUAGUAUAAAAGGUAUUUGAUAAGUAACGGAUUGGGUUUGUUCUGUAUUUUAAAAUGCGAACCGUUAAACUUUUGCCUUUUUCAUAAACGUGCUUACUAAUGUCAUGUAUUUUUUUACCUUUACUUCACCCUUGGUAAUGGCUAUUUUGAAGAAAAUCUAAUUUACUUCUUAGCUGUUACGUAAAUUUUUAACUUGAAACUGCUACAAAAUUCUGUCUUUGUACAAAAUUAAUCACUAACAAUGAUGUAAAACUUAGUUACAGCCCUACUUAUAACGUAUCGUUGGCACACAUUAUUUGACGGUCGCGGUGGCUGCUCCAGAUGAGGACCAGAACCCUGGUUCAGCUGCUCCGAACAUGCUAUCGCUCGGCAACAUUAUUUUAACAUUUCAUAUUUUUAUUUUCAAUCACUGAGAUUGACUUUCCGUGUCACUGAAACGAUUCCUAUGUUAUUUUUUUCAUAACUUUUAUAUUGAAGAUAUUAUGGUACAUUACUUUUAGCUAUAUUUUUUGUUGAACUACCAAUUGUUUUAAAGUAUUGGGUUAUUUUAAACUGUUAAUUGUUUUUUUUUAUUUUUUAUUUUAAUUAUUCAUGUUUUACUUAGGAAUGUUACGCUAAAUCUUACGCUGCGCGAAUAAUUGUAGUGGGUGAGGUCUUUUGACGUUAACCUUGUAAAGAAUGUGAACUAGGUAGCUAAAUGAAAUUUUAAAAUGUUUGAUAAUGUGUGAGGAAGAGUGUUAGCUGGGCGAUUUUUUUCAAUCAGUUUGAUAAUUUGUAUGAUUAUUUUACUCUAAAGACUAGGAACCAUAAAGUAGGGAUAUUUUUUCCAUGAAACAGGGUGUUCAGACAAUGAUCGACACUAUCAUUAUUUUUAUAGGAACAUAAAAUUACAGCUUUAUUUUCUGAAAUGGUUAAACUUUGGAUUUUAUUUAUUUAUGUAAUCUUAUGGUUCUUCUUCAUAUUUCUACAAUGGUUAAAUCAUAAGUUAGUGUACUUUAUGUAUGUAUAUUAUAUGUUUACAUAAUUAUAAUUAGAUUAUUGAUUAUAUUUAGUAUAUAAGUUCCUUCUCCCAUAUUCUUAGUCGUUACCUCAAUAAACUCAAUUUUGGCCACGUUACACUGGGCACAUGAUACAUGGUUAAAAACGGUAUUCGUCGAAGUAGUAACCCUGGUAGAAACAAACUAAGAUAAGCGUGGAAUAGCUGGUUGUGUUUGGCCUCCAUUCAGCAUUUACACAUUAUCGUAGUGGAGCAGAAGCUCAAGACCCAUACAUAACACCUGACAGGCUCGAAAAGCUAUUCAAACUAGGUAUAUUCCACGUUUAUUGGUACUAUACUAUAUUUUAGACGAGGAACCAUGUUUAUAAGAUUAAUGGGGGAACAACCAAGAAUAUUAAACAUAAAAAAAUCUUUAAAAUUAAUUUCAAUUAUAAGUAAAUUAAGGAAUCUUUAAAAUAAUGUGAUCAACAUUUCGUGCUAUUAUAAGUUCGUCUUUUUAAAAUUAAUACUUACGUUGUGUGUAAUAUAUUGUUUGGACCCUUAGUAUGGAGACCGACUAUUAUAAUUUCAGUAUGAAUACUCCCAAUAUUCUGGAUAAUUACAUAAUUUAUUGUCUCUUUGUAUCUCCGCCUUGCCGACAGUUUCUGGAACCGGGAAUUUAAACGUGACCUUAUUGUUCAAUCAUUAUUUACUUUCAAUAAUACAGCGCGCCAGUAGCUUUGAUUUUUAGGAUAACUGUGCCUAUUGCAUCUUUUAAAUUUAAGUUGUUCUAUAUUAAUAUAGAACAUUGUAAUUAUAUGUUAAUAAAGAACUUACUUACAUUUUUCUUCAAAUUAGGUACUUCUACAAUUCUAAACAUUUGUUGUCUGAAUGGAUAAUCUGUAGCUAUAAACUACAACGUAAUGUAUGGUUAAAUAUGUGAGACAUUGCAGAAACUGGCGGCAAGAGGGUCACUCCGUGAAACCAGCCUCUUACUUAACAUUGCGCUGUGAAAAUUUAUAUUUAACAAUAUUUUUAAACGAUAUAUUAUGAAAGAAUACUAAGUAUUUCUUAUAAAUUACGACUGAACGAUUUUUGAACCUAUAUUGAAACUAGCGUAUAACUAAGUUUUUAGUCUGUAACCAGAAUAUAUAAUAUAUUUUCAAUGUUAUACAUGAGUAUGACAUCCCUUCGAAGCACCCACUCCAUGUGCGUGCGCGUCUCUGUUAGAUAUAAGUCUGGGUUAUAAACAUCCCAGUGACAAAAUGUUCUAGCUAGUAAUUAUAAUUAUUAUAUACCUAUGUUUAACUUAAUGAAAUAUGUGUUAUAGAUAUAAUAACUUCUGUGCGUAAAACAUUGAUUGUCUAUGUCGAAACGUAUUUAAACUUUAUAGGGUACUUAAAUGAAAUCUGUAAUCAUAUUUAAAUGUGUUUUAAGGUGACACGUGGUUUCCAUCCAAAUAGCAGUUAUUACUUAUUACAAGUAAUCACAAACAGCCAAUUAACUUUCCGAAUUGAUCUUCAUAGAAUGUCGAUGUUUAAUACUAAAUAUUAUUAAUCAAUAAAGAAUUUUCUGUAUGGCAUUAAA